AUUUUAAUAGCGGGGAAGUGAUGGACGCGGGAGGCAGCCAGUGGUGAGGAGGGCUCCGCUGGAGAAGCACCGUGAUUGGUAGAAGCCGCGAUAUUUGGGACCAGGAGUGGAAGGGGGGAAAGAGCCGCAGCGGUGAGGGUGCAGUGCUUCCUGCUGAGAGGCGGCAAGGUCAUGGCAGCAGCCGACGGUCCCACGCAGCUUCUGGAAGUGUGUGGGCAGAGACUGUCCAGGUUCCUUCAUGAUGCUGAGCACAAGCACUUGGCCUGGCUGCGGGAGGUGGAGGAGCAGGGCCUGAGGAUGAUGGAUAGCACCAACUUCAGAGCUGAACCUGGCCUGAUGCCCAAAACGCCAUCCCAGAGGAGACGGCCUAGGAAGAGGCAGUCUUCAGCUCUGAAAGAUGAGAAUGAGCCAACCAGGAGGAGGUUGUCCAGAAGGAGAAGCAGUGUCAAGCUAGCAUCUUCCGGGCCAAGCUCACAAAGAUGCUGCAGCAAAGAGCAACCCCAGAAUCCUAACUGUAAUGCGAGGUCUCAGGCCAACACUGAAAUGGAGCUUCCAGCACUAUCUGAGAAAUUGCCAGCAGAAGCACAAAGUCCCAUGGUGGAAGUGGAUUACAAUGACUACCCUCAGGCUGAGUUACCUCCACAGCAAGACAGUGCUGAUUGUGGUGAUGCAGCCUGUGAGGCUGUUCCAGCAGAGCAGGUAUCCAAGGAGGGUGCAAUCAAUGAACUGCAUGAGGUGCCUGCUGUCAGUGCAGUCCCUCAUGACCAGACAGCAGGAGAGGAGGAAGAGACCACUGAACAAAAAGCAAGUACAUCCACUCCCAAGGCUACUAGAAAUAGAGAUCUUGCCAUGCCCCAAGGAGAUCUGUCUUCUCAAAGCCUAGAGAAGGUGCUUUUCCAGGACUCCAAGAACAAAAUGACCAUGGUGACAUCCAAAACACGACGCUCUGGACGCCGAAGCUGCGUGGGUGGCACCCACAAAAACCAUAGGACCUCCUUGGCUGAAAAAUAUUCUCUGGCCAGCAAAAGAGAGAGCAUGAUCCGGAGAUCUAUCAGCAGGGCCAUUGCUAAGAAGGCAGCAGCACAAGAAUCUUCCUCUGCCUCCAGCAGAGUGAGCUGUCAAAGCUCCUUAGAGGUUUUUGUGGAAGAAGAUGUGACCAAUAACUUGAGAACUGGACUGGAACUGAACUCCCCAAGUGAGAAGGCUCCUGAAAACUUGCUCACUUCAAGCAAAAGUGAAAAAGCUGCCAGCCCUCCUGCACAGGACUUGUCUCCUGAGCAACAGACAGGGAAUAACAAAGGAAGCUGUGUAAAUCCCAACGGUGAAGCCCAGAACAAGAACCAAGAACAAACCCACUGUGCCAAGUCCCAAGAGAAUCCUUCACGCCUAUGGACAAGAAGCUAUAAGCAAGCAAUGGGUGCUGUAUGGAAUGGGCAGCAUCCAGGAGGUGGUGCCCACUCCCCUUUGGAUGACAAGCACGUGAAUUCUGCAAACCAGACUCCACAUUCUGCUUCUCCAGCUAGCAAGGUGGUUAGACCAUUGAAAAACUUCCUUCAGGCUGUGCAGAGAAACCAGCUACUCACAACCUCUGGGUCCACGGGACAUGGAGGUGUCAUAAAGAAUUUCAUCAAACGCAAUACUCCCACCCGACCUGAUCUUAAGGGAGACUUUGUUGAGAAGGAGCGGCAGAGGCUGGAAAGCCUCAGGAAGAAACAGGAGGCUGAGGAACAAAGGAAAAAGAAAGUGGAGGAAGAAAAGAGACGGCGACAGGCAGAAAUGAAGCAGAAGAGGGAAGAGCGACUGAGGAAAGCACUGCAGGCUCGAGAGCGAGUGGAACAAAUGGAAGAGGAGAAGAAAAAACGGAUGGAACAGAAGAUUUUACAGAGUGAUGAAAAGGUGCGUCUCUCACAAGUGCAGGAAGAAAAGGUUUCUGAGGAACGGAGCAAGAAAAAGCUAUCAAAGAAACCUUGGGAAAGUGACGUGCGGAAACAGAAAGUACUGAAGUUGGAGAAAGAUGAACUUGAGCAGCAAGAACUGCUGCAGAAAAGGAGAGAAGUUGAAGUGGAAGAAAAAGGAAAAGUUUUGGAACUGAAAAAUCUUGUAGAGCAGCGACAGGUGGAACAAGUGAAGGAGAGGGAUCUCAAACAGCGGGGGAAAGAGAAGGUCCCCUAUUCACAGAUGGAGUCCAUGGUGUUUACUGAUAAAAACACAACGAAGGGAGAUGGUCUGCAGGAUCCCCAGCAGCAGCUGACUGAAGAGAAGAAAAAUGAGCAACCAGAAUCUUUUACUGCUGCCUCCAGCACGUGGCUGAGCAAAACAGUGAAGAGAUCUAUCUCCACAUCCUGCUUAGCGCCUCCAAAUGGCACAAAAGAAUCCAGGUCCCCCAACAACUAUGGGAUGGAUCUGAACAGUGAUGAUUCCACAGAUGAUGAGAAUGAACCUCGGAAGCCUGUCCCUGCCUGGGCUGAUGGGUCUCAGCUUAAUCAAGCCAUUCUGCACCAGUACUAUCAUCCAGUGAAUGUUGACCAACUCUUUGGGUUAAUAGCAAGCCCUAAGCUGGAAGAUAUUUUUGGCAAGAGCAAGCCUCGGUAUUUCAAACGCACGAGCUCAGCAGUUUGGCAUUCCCCACCUGGGCCCAAAUCAACUUGUGGCAUAGCUUGCAACUUCAAGAACUGAGAAAACACAAACGGUUUUUGGAUAGUGUGGCAUAUUAGGUUUUAUUUUCUUAGCAUACAGACUGCUUACCAUUUUAAACCUUUUUGUACAAAAAUAAAACAUUGAAUAAAGUCCAUCA